AAAAAACGACAAAACCCUAGCAAAUCCUAACACUUCAAUGGCCUCAAGACGUUCAAAGGUUAUUCGUUCAUCGAGCCAAGGCGAAAUAGGUCUGUUUAAUCAGAUAAUUGCAAUAGACUCUCCAACUCCAAUAUCGAAUCGGCUGACACCGGCCCAUUCAGCUGUAAGAAGAGCACCGAACACGGUUCCAAUGCAGCAACCAAGAACCGCGGUUCCAAAAAAACAGCAGCUGCCAAAGAAGACAAUAUUUAUGUUGGGGUCACCCGAAAGAAGAAGAGAGAUAAAAAAGGACGAAGGGUUCGGGAUCUUUUUUCAGAAUUGUUCCUUGUGCAAGAAGAAACUCAAACCGCAUAAAGACAUUUAUAUAUAUGGCUACCUAGGCGCAUUCUGCUCCAUUGAUUGCCGAGAUGAUCGAAUAGCUUUGGACGGUAUCGACAAUGAAGUUGUUCCCAAUUUACCAAUAAACAUGAGACCCUCAAAGAGAUUUUGA